UAUAUAUCUUCAUGUAGUGUAGCAUGUUGUUAUCACGACCAACUUUAACACUGAAAUUGGCCUUCUUCAUGAUAACCACAAUCGCACAAUGUAAUCCUCCAGAAGAGCCCAUCAGAUGUUCAACCAAUUUCACAAACUGCACCAUCACUAACUCUUAUGGGGCAUUUCCUGAUCGUAGCAUCUGCCUUGCAGCUGAGGUCGCAUACCCUUCAUCUGAAGAAGACCUUGUCUCAUUAGUCGCCAAAGGUACGCAAGCAAACAGAAAGAUGAGAGUAGCCACUCGGUAUUCGCACAGCAUACCAAAGUUGGUUUGUCCUGAAGGCAAUGGACUCAUUAUUAGUACAGAAAAUCUCAACCGUAUUAUUAAAAUCGACAAAGAUAACAUGCUUAUAACACUAGAGAGUGGUGUGACGUUGAGGCAACUCAUUGAUGAAGCUGCAAAAAGUGGGUUGGUUUUACCUUAUACUCCUUAUUGGUGGGGUUUAACAAUAGGAGGUAUGUUAGGUACGGGUGCACAUGGUAGCACCCUUUGGGGUAAAGGUAGUGCCAUUCAUGACUAUGUGGUUAGAAUGCGGAUUGUCUCCCCAGGUCGUCCUGAAGAAGGUUAUGCUAAAGUUCGUACACUAGAAGAAAAUGGCGAGUCUGAUAGUGACAUGAAUGCUGCUAAAGUUUCUCUUGGAGUACUCGGAGUCAUUUCUCAAGUGACUCUAAGGAUGCAGCCAUUGUUCAAGAGAAGCAUUACCUUUGUAACCCAAAACGAUACUGACUUGUCAGAUCAAGCUGUAACCUUUGGGAGACAACAUGAGUUUGCAGACAUGAUAUGGUACCCAAGUCAAAAACAAGUUGUUUAUCGGAUUGAUGAUCGAGUCUCAACCAAUGUGUCUGGAAAUGGUCUCUGGGAUCACCCUGGUUUUCGGGCCAUCCCUUCACUUGUACUCCUUAUUUUAAGAUCUACAGAGGAAGGUCAAGAAGCGAGAGGUGAUGUUUCUGGAAAGUGUAUUGGUGGAAAACUUACUAUAAACACUCUAAUAAAGGGUGCAUACGGGCUAACCAAUGAUGGUAUUAUCUUUAAGGGGUACCCUGUGGUUGGAUAUCAAAAUCGACUCCAAGCAUCAGGGGGUUGCUUAAAAGGCCACAAGGAUGCCGAACUCACAGCAUGUUCAUGGGAUCCUCGAGUCAAGGGUUUAUUCUUUCACCAGACUACAUUUAGCAUCGGCCUUUCGAAAGCCAAAGAUUUCAUCCAAGACGUACAGAAGCUCGUAAGUAUAGCACCACGAUCCUUGUGUGGAGUAGAUCUCUAUAACGGCAUCCUUAUGAGAUAUGUUACGGGUUCAAAGGCUUACUUAGGCAAACAAGAAGACUCAUUGGAUUUCGACAUCACUUAUUACAGAAGUAAAGAUCCAAAAAAUCCAAGACUUUUUGAGGACGUUCUUGAAGAGAUUGAGCAAAUGGCUGUUUUUAAGUAUGGUGGUCUACCACAUUGGGGAAAGAAUCGAAAUGUGGCAUUCGAAGGGUCUAUUAAGAAGUACAGAAAGGGUAGAGAGUUUCUUAAGGUUAAGCAGAAGUUCGAUUCAUUAGGUUUGUUCUCAAGUGAGUGGACAGAUCAAAUUUUAGGACUCAAAAGUGGGCUAAGCAUGUUUAAAGAUGGAUGUGCACUUGAGGGACUGUGUGUGUGUUCACUAGACAUUCAUUGUGCACCCCAAAAUGGUUAUUUAUGUAGACCUGGAAAAGUCUUUGAAGAUGCAAGGGUUUGUACUUUAGUUUAAACGCUAAUCAAAUGGGUACUUUGCUCAGAUGGAUUUAGUUAGCUCUAUAAUUCUAAAGCGACGAGUUUGUGUCUUUUCGAAGACAUGGGUAUGUAAAUUGAGAUAUUGUUUCAGGAA